CUGCAGUAAAUACAGUGUUGAAGAGGCGGGGUUUGACAUCUCAGCUCUAAAAACAUCUCUAAUCCAGUAUUUCAGGUGCCGAAGUCAACCGAGCGACCAUUGCUCACUACCGCCGCGCGGCAGCGAACUGCAGCCGGAACGCACGCCUCCAAAAAAAAAAAAAAAAAAAACUGGAAUAUACAAUAUGGCAAGUGGAUUGAGAGGGCUGUCGCUGUGUCCGAAGUGGAAUCUCUGAGAAAAAAGAAAAGCCAGCGAGAGAGAGGGGGAGAGAGUGAAGUUUAAGCGGCGUGAAGAUAACACUUUGUUUUCUGGUUGGUGUUUUAGUUUCCAGCGUCUCUCCCUUGAAGUAUAUUUCAAGCAGCGACUCCUACGGCUUCUCAGUUCCUUCCCCCGAAACUCAACCGAAAUACUUCCAACUCUUGUUCUGUUGUCACUUAAGGAUAUUACCAGAGUCUGGGUUAUCAUUCUCUCUGAGCUGUGUUUGCUGUCCAGCCUGGAUAAAACGUUACUAUGGAUGAACCUCUUAAAGUGACAAUUAACUGCAGCUGAAUAUCUUCAAUAGCAUCAAGACCAUGUGGGAAACUUUGUCCACCAUCCCUUCUGAAGCUGUUGCGAAGUUUUUUGCAGAACCAUUAAGACUACAGGAUGACUGAGGCGUGUUCCUCUGUGGUCAAAACACACAGCGUCAUAAGUAUCAGACAGCUGAUGACUGGAGGCUUCCCAAAACAAAGACUUGGAUUGUAAUUUUUUUGCGCUGGCUUUUAAGUUUUAUUUCUUUCUUUAUUUUUUAUUUUGCUUUGGAAAGACUUCCAAAUUGCAGAUAAAGUAAAAGAGCCCUCUACAUGAGCUGCAGAAAUGGACUAGAGGCACAUGUGUAGCAGGGCAGCUGCUGCAGCUUGUGGAAUAACGUAGCCCCAGACUGUUGGGGACUCACUCCUUCAGGGGCCAAGGGAUCUAAUCCCAGCCCCAACCUGCCCUGUCAUCUGACCAUCCCACCUGUCUCAAGGCAGACCCCGCUAUCCAAUGGCAUGGGUCAAGUUCUUCAGGAAGCCAGGGGGCAAUCUGGGGAAAUCGUACCAGCCGGGGAGCAUGCUGUCUCUGGCCCCCACCAAAGGACUGCUGAAUGAACCGGGCCAGAACAGCUGCUUCCUCAACAGUGCUGUGCAGGUACUAUGGCAGCUGGACAUCUUCAGACGCAGCUUGAGGCAGCUACCUGGACAUUUCUGUUUAGGAGAGUCAUGCAUCUUCUGUGCAUUAAAGGGCAUUUUCUCCCAGUUCCAGCACAGUCGGGAGCGAGCCCUGCCCUCUGACAACCUGCGUCACGCCUUGGCAGAGACCUUUAAGGACGAGCAGCGCUUCCAGCUGGGCUUCAUGGAUGAUGCCGCAGAGUGCUUUGAAAACAUACUUGAGAGGAUCCACCUGCAUAUUGUGCCUGAGGAGACAGAUUCCUGCACUUCAAAGUCUUGCAUCACACAUCAGAAGUUUGCUAUGUCACUUUAUGAACAGUCUGUGUGCCGUAGCUGUGGGGCAUCAUCUGACCCACUGCCGUUUACUGAGCUGGUGCAUUAUGUCUCAACCACUGCACUCUGUCAGCAGAUGUUUCAGCGUAAGGAUGAGUCAUUCGGGGAUCUGUUACAAGCAGCAAGCACGAUAGGGGACCUUCGUAACUGUCCAAGCAACUGUGGUCAGAGGAUUAAGAUCAGACGGGUCCUCAUGAACUCCCCAGAAAUAGUUACCAUAGGCUUUGUUUGGGACUCUGACCAGUCAGACCUCACUGAGGAUGUUAUACGCUCACUAGGACCUCAUCUCAGUCUCUCUGCACUCUUCUACAGGGUAACAGAUGAACAUGCCAAAAAGGGAGAGCUGCUGCUUGUGGGGAUGAUCUGCUAUUCUAGUCGCCACUACUGUGCCUUCGCUUUCCACACCAAGUCUUCUAAAUGGGUCUUCUUUGAUGAUGCCACAGUGAAAGAGAUCGGCUCUAGGUGGAAAGAUGUAGUCAGCAAAUGUAUCAAAGGUCACUUCCAGCCUCUCCUCCUCUUUUACUCCAACCCUGAUGGGAGUGCCAUCACCGCAGAUGAUGUCUCAAGACAAACCAGCAGCCAGUCCCAAGUGCAGGACUCUCCAGUGUCAGGCCCUAAGAAACUGGACCUCACCAAGGAGAAUCUGAAUGCUCUAUUGGGCCAAGGCUCUUUCAAACAGAAGACAUCUUCCACCUUCAGCAGGGGCAGCGCUCAAACCAGCGGAGGACGGGGACCAGUGAAAAUUAGCAACAGUGAUCCCAAGAAUCGCCUCAGGGAGAUUUCUCGAGAAGUUGCCCAGAGAGCAGGAGAAGUGCGGGGGAUGCAUCCAUCCAGACGAGAGCCUGAUAGGAGCGGUCCACGGAGGCUGGAAUCACGCUACCGAGAUCCAGGUCAGGACAGGAUCUACUCCCGCUCUGCCUCCCCUCCAGAGAAUGGCUUCAAGCAACACCUGGAGACUCGACUGUACAGCAGCCAAGGAAAAGGUCCCACUCGGACUGAGCGAACACCCCACUUUGGUGGUCGGUCCUCCCAUGAACCCUCUCGCUCUCACUCCAGAGUCCAAGUGCUACCCAGCAGUGGCCAUCAUAGGAGACUAGACCAGCUCUCCAAUGGAUAUGAUACUGACAGCAGCCAAGACUCCCGAGAACGUCCUGGAAGUGGAGGGAACAGUCGGAGCAGGUCUGGCCGCCCGUGGAAGCCCAUGCGGGAGGCGCUAAAUGUGGACAGUGUUUUAAGAGGUGUCGGUGAUGGUAAUUCAGUAAGUCAAGAGCGAAGGCAGCACAGCCCCCGGAGAAGACCCAACAGUCAGUCACCCUCCCGUGACCAAGAACGAGACAGAGAUUUUACAUGGGGGGCCCGGGAAGAACGUAAACCCAAGAGCCUGAUGACCAUUUAUGAGGAUGAGCAGAGGCAUGAAACUGGUGGCAGCCGAAGUUCACUGGACUCAGAUGGCCGGGGCGGCUACAGUGACAAGGACAGGUCAAAGGGCUCAGCAACUCUGAAAGUGCGGAAUGACAACUGGAAGAUCCAGCGAACUGAAUCUGGUUACGAAAGUAGUGACAGACUAAGCAAUGGCUCAGCAAAUCUUGACUCACCUGUGGUAGAGAACCUUUCUUCCAAGGACCUGCGGCCUAUACCUGAGCUGCAUCUGACAAGGGAUCACUUCCAUCAGAGAAGCAGUGAAGAUUUGAAGUCUGACAUACUGCACUCUACAUUUUCCACUGGUGAACAAGGAAGAAAAUCUCCAGAUCUACAAGAUGCAAACAUCCUCUCUGGUCAGCCCGUACAAAGAAGAAGAGCUUUCCGAUACACUCCCGGGAUCUUGGAAAAGAACAAUGGUCUGGACAGCGAGCAAGAGGAAAAUGUGGAUAGUAGCCCCGUGAGCCCUGUGCCUCCUUACUUAGCAAAGACCAGCAGUUCUGAGUGGAACAGCUCAGAUGACCUUGCUGGACCCUUCUCUGAACAAGAAGAAACUGGCACCGUUGCCCACAUAGACCCUUUCACGUACAACCACCCCCCCCCUUUACCCCCAAAGACCUUUGGCAGCAGUCACACUGACCCAUCUGGCGUUCACUCCCAACCGCCAGAGGUGCCAACACGGUCGAGCCCCCGCAAUGAACCCAAAAAUGGCUCGUCCCCCCUCUCGCACACCAUCCUCCGUCGGUGGAUUGAGACACCUGCUGAGCACAGGCUUUCAUCCGACGCCAGCUCCAAGUCAGGGUCAUCUGACCAGGACAGGAACAAUCUGUCGGCCAGUGAGAGCGAUGAGAGGGUACCCAGUCCAAAGCCCGGACACGAUGAUGGUACAGACUCCUCUUCUCUGACAGAUAUGGCUCUCCCCACCACUUACUUUUCUGUGGAUAACUGUAUGACAGACACUUACCGGGCCAAAUACCAUAAGAGGCCUGCCUUGUACAUGAAAGCAGAGGACCAUGCGUCAUCAGGGGAGAGUGAUGUCGAAGGGAGAGGGCUCCCUUUGCCAGAUGUUCAGCCACCAGAGCCUUCCAGAAGCCGAUCAGAAUCAGGCUACUCUACCACUAAGACUACUGCAAAGUGGAAUCCAGUUACUCCAAAAGGACUUGAUGAGCAUGGUUUCCUAUGAUUUUAGCGAAAGCAUCAGUGGACCUUGACUGGAUGCCAAAAGGAAUUGUUAUGCACUAUGACUGCUACACAGUUUGACUCCUAACUGGGAUUGUGAACUUCUCAUAACAGAAAGUUGGACAUGAACUGGAUGCCAAAGAGAUUGUAAAAAGAACGACAGGUGUCCUUAAUAGCUAUCUGGUUGUUUUGGUAUGAACUACUAAAAGCUUCAGAUGAAUAGAGAAUUUGCACAGUAGAUAGCACCAGAAAGGUACAGAAAAAGAAACAUGCCUAAAACAUUUUUGCUGUUGAUUGUGUUUGGGCUUUUGGAGCUCAAAAGCAAAGAGUUAGGUUAGUAAAGAAUGUGUCACAAAAAGUCACUUUACCACACAUGAGAUUAAAAGAUUUAUUUUAAAUAACCAAUGUCUUGCAGUUAUACUUCCUCACAUUCUGUGGAAUGCUUUUAUUUGUUUGUUCAUCUACUCCAAUUUCAGUGUUAGGUCUCUGUCCCAAUUCUGUCUGUUUUUGACACUACUUUUCAGUGGAUUUUGAAAGAACACAAGGUUCCAGUAAUAUACAGAACUUUUUUUCCUUUUUUGUAGAUUUUGGAAAGUAAUUCUACAUAUUGGAAACUCUUUUGGCACAAUUUAAAAAUGGAUCCCAAGGAUCCGUGUGAAUAUGAAGCUCUAGGACACUCACUUUGGUUUUUAGCCAAUAAGACCUCUUCUCAGGCACGUCAGGGCAAGACAGGUUCCAACUUGGAGUCUUGUUGGUACAUGGUGUUAAAUGACCUCUGCAAAUGGUUUUUCUUAUGUCUUGUCCUCUGUCAAACUUUUUUACUAGAGGAGGUCUAAUAUACCAAAAUGACUCUGACCACCAGUGUGGGUGUCCAGUGGCUAUAAGGUGAUGGUUUGAUAUGUUAAAUUGUUUGCUUAUUGGGUAGAAAUUUAUGUGGCACAAGACACAUCCCUCUCUCCUCAAAUGCACACCUGCACAUCCUAUCAUCUGCACAUAUUUCCUGUGUUUUAUAUGUCUUUGCACUGUAUUUCUGGUUGAUUAUUUCUCUUUUCACACUCCUUACAGUUAUAUACUUCCAUUUUUAAUCUUUAGCAAAUUUUCUGUCUCACUUCUUAAAGUAGCUCCUAUUAGUAGCAAGUCUGCACUGGUAGGACAAUGACAUGUCAGGAUUUAAAAGUUUCAUUUAGAUAUAGACAGAGCUUGUGUUUUUAUGAAGGGCAAUAUUAAUAACCUGUUGUAAACCUGAGUAGGGGCUAUUUUUUUGGUUCAAAAUGUUUUAUAUAUGCAGCAGACUCUAAUGCACAGUGCCUUUUGUAUUUUUCUAUGUCAAGACAAGGUUGAAUUGGAGCCAUGAUUUGUACAAUUCUUUGAUUUUAAAGAAUUUUUGUAACAUCUAAUUUUAUUUUUACUGAUUAACAGUUGUUAAAUAAACAAUUUUAUUUAACCAUA